AUGCGGCUGCAGCGAACUCAGGCCUACAAACUAACGAUGCCUGCGGCGAUGACGCAAUCGGGAUACUUUGUGGUCGAUUCGCAAUGCGGACUGAAGUCGUCUUACCGAGACUUGGAACUGCAAUGGAUUCAAAUAGUCACUGAUCUAUCUCCAUCAGCACCACACAUGCAGUCCCACCAGUUGAAGGAAGACACUCCACGUCCGUCUGCGACCCAGACUGAAAGCCGCCAGCAAGCGUCACUGAACAAGAGAGCGGCAAUACUAGCGUGCAAAACGCAAGCCCUGCAAGUCAAGACAGCCUUCCUGACGCCAAAGCUUUCUUUCGCCUUCCUGGCCGCCCUUGUGGGUGUAUCCCUUGCCGGCCACCUUAGCGGCGGCGGCGGUGGCAGCGGCGCACACCACGGGCACAGCAGCUAUGGGUCCGGACUCGCCUCUGGGGGACUUGGCGGCUACGGAGCUUCUAGCUAUGGUGCUGGUGCUGGCGGCUACGGCGGUAGCGGCCUCGGCGGCCAUCACUCUGGCAGCUACGGCGGCGGUCUCGGAGGCUCCUCUGCUGCUGCGGGAGGGCCUGCGCAUUCGUCUUACUCGGCCGGGGCCGGAACGGGAGGCUACGGAGACGGUGGAGCCGGUAGCUAUGCUGGAGGCGCCGGUCCCUCCGGAAGCUACAGUAUAGGAACUGGAGGCUACGGCGGUAGCACUGGCGGCUACGGCGGUGGCACUGGCGGCUACGGUGGUGGCUCUGGUGGCUAUGGAGGUAGCACUGGCGGAUACGGUGGUAGUACUGGUGGCUACGGAGCCGGCGCCGGGAGCUACGGUCCCGCCAGUGGUGCUGGCUCUUACGGAGGAGGAACCGGCAGCUACAGUGGAGGCCUCGGCGGAUACACAGGUGGAGCUGUGGGCGGCUACACGGGAGCAUCUGGCGGCCACGGAGGAACCUCCGGUGGGUAUGGGGGAGGCGCGGGAGGUCACUCAGGCAGCACUGGCAGCUACGGCGGCGGAACCGGCGGCUACGGAGGUGGUUCUGGCGGCUAUGGCGGCAGUACUGGUAGCUACAGCGGUGGCGCUGGAGGCUACAGUAGUGGGGCUGGUGGCUACGGAGGCAGCGGCGGCAGCGGCGGACUGUCGGGAGGCGGCUACUCCAAGUUCAAGGCUAGCAAGCUCUCUGCUGGCGGAGCUGGCGGCUACGGCGGUGGUGGUCUUGGGGGCGGAAGCCUCGGAGGUGCUGGACUUGGCGGUACAAGCCUCAGCAGCGCCCUGGGUAGUGCUCUCGGCAGCGCGGGUCUCGGGGGAUCUGGCGGCUUCGGUAGCGGUGGAUUUUCUGGAAACGCUGUUACCAUUCCAGCCAAGGUAAUCGUCCUGAAGGUUCCCAUCUCGGACGCCGGCGCUGGCGCAGGCGCAGGUGCGGGCGAUUUCUCUUCGGCUCAAGGUGGCUAUGGAUCCGGAGGACCGAGCGCCGGAGGCUAUGGCGCUGCCGCGGGACCCGCCGCGGGCGGCUACUCUUCUCUGGGACAAGCCGGAUAUAGCGUAGGCGGUCCAUCGGGUGGAGGCUACGGUACCUCGGGAGGACUUUCUUCAGGUGGCUAUGGAUCAUCCGCUGGAAGCUACGCUGGCGCUGGACCAACCUCUGGCGCAGGCUUCGCUGGAGGACAUCACGGAGGUUACGGGAGCGGUGGCGCGAGUGGUGGCGCUCUUUCCGGAGGGAAGGGUGGUUUUGGUGGUGGACUCGGUGGCUACGGCGGCAGCAAAAGCGGCUUCGGCGGUGGGGGCUAUGGAUCCGGUAAGGGUGGCCACGGCGGUAAAGGGGGCUUCGGAGGAGGUCAUCACGGUGGCUUUGGCGGCAGCAAAGGUGGCUACUCCAGCGGCGGCCUGGGAGGCGGACUUGGUGGCGGACUUGAUGGUGGGCUCGGAGGUGGACUCGGUGGUGGGCUAGCGGGCUCCGGUGGCGGCCUGUCCGCCGGGCAUCAUGGCGGCUACUCUGGAGGCGGAAGCGGUGGUGGCAAGGGUGGUUUCGGAGGCGGACACCACGGAGGCUACGGUGGCGGUGGCUACGGAAGCGGCAAGGGCGGCGGCAGCUACGGUGCUGGCGGCUCGAAAGGUGGCUACUGGUGAUCCCGCUUGGAAUUUCUGUUACCAGUGCCGUUUCUAAUCGUGUAAUUUCACCGAGAACGGACGGUUGCAUUAUUCCUUUUAUUGCUGCUGCUUCUGCUACUGAACAAACGAAGAACUGUUCCCCGCUGGUGCGUGACUUAUCGAAUGUCAACUGGGGAAACAUCCACACAUGUCCAUGGAGCUACGGAGCCAUCCUUGCAUGAGCGGCCCGCAAUCGGACAAUGCGAGAGACGAUGGACCAGGCAGUGUUGGCCAUGCUGCCCAUUUCAAAGUGAACUGAUGAUCUCCACUACUUGUAGAGACACCACGAAACACAAAUCCACAAAUACUGCGCACGAAUGAGUGAUUGUGUAAUUUAACUGCGAAGAAUAAAAGCUCUCACAUGUC